AUGGGGAGUAAUGUUGCUGAUUGUAAAUUUGUUUGGUCAUCAAAUACUCCAGAUAAUUGGAUUCUCAAAUUAAAAUUUUUACAAAAUGAUAAAUUUAUUGCAUCUUCAAGUAAUGGAUCAUUACAAGGUUACUCAUUAACAAAAUUAUCACCAUCUCCAGAUUUCACUCUUGAGAAAGCUCAUGAAUCAAGCAUAAAUGAUAUAAAUGUAAUUAACGAAAACCUAAUAGCUUCUUGUUCAACAGAUGGUAUAAAAAUCUGGGAUAUAAGGUCAAAUACAACCGAACCAUAUGCAAUACUAAAUAAUCUGAAAAAUUCAAAUUUUUUAUCAUUAGCUUCUAAAAAUGAUUUACUAGCUGGUGGGACUGAAUUACAAGGAGUUGAUGCCGAAGUACAUAUUUGGGACAUAAGGAACACAAAAGAUGUUGUUAAAUCAUUUAUUGAUUCUCAUCAUGAUGAUGUUACUUGUUUAGAAUUCCACCCUACACUAACGAACUAUUUAAUGUCUGGUUCCACAGAUGGAUAUGUUAAUAUUUAUGACUUAUCAAAGCCUGAUGAAGAUGAUGCAUUGCAUCAAGUUAUAAAUUUUGGGUCAGUACAUUCUUGUAAUUUCAUAACAGAAUCAAGAAUUUCAAUUUUAACCCAUAUUGAAACAUUAAUGUUUCAUGACUUAAAUGAUACAAAUUAUGAAGAAUUGGUAAGUCCAAAAUUCGAUGAUGUUGGAGAUUUAAGAAUCAAGUGGCCAAAUAAUGACUAUGUAAUAGAUAUUGACCCAGAUGGAUAUGUUGCAUAUGGAUCAAACACCAAUAAAAGUUUAUCAAUAAUACCGUUCAACCCCAAAAAAGAAAAAUUUAAAGAAUCUAAAAUAAUUCAUUUCCCUAAUGCUCAUGAAGAUGAAGUUGUUAGAGAUGUAAUAAUAAAACCAAACACUACUCAAUGUCUAAGUUGUGGUGAGGAUGGGAAAAUCAAACUCUGGGAAUUACCCACUGUGCUAAAACAUUAUCCAAUAGGUACAACAACUCAAGAACCAAGCAUCCCACCAUCAACUGAAAAGAAAAAAUCAUCACAUAAAAAGGAACAUAAGAAAAAGAAAGAUAAGAGAUUUAAACCAUAUUAA